UUGUCGUAAGCAAAUGAAAAAAUGGCAGGAGCCAGCUGCUGACCAAAGGUUUUGUCUUGCCUAAUUCAGACUUGUUGUCGUUUGCACUUUGUGUCAGCUGGCUUGUAGAUCCACAAGGAGAUUUGUUUCAACGCGCCAGAUCGCUGUGACACAGAGUGAAAAAUGGACAAAGAAUUGAGCCUGACUCUGCUCCUGCUGCUGCUUCUCUGUCACAAAGGCACCUCACUGCCGCAAACCUCUUGUCCACACACGUGCCAGUGUUUCAAUUCAUUCCAGAUACUGUGUGCUGAUGAACGGAUGUCAUCUUUACCCAGGAACUUGUCCAGGCAGGUCAAGGACUUAAUAGUAAUAAAGUCAGCCGUGGCCUACCUGUUCCCCGACACUUUAGAGGAGAGCCCCCAACUCACCAAGCUUGUCUUCCUGAGUAAUGCACUGCGAAGUAUUCACUCUCAGUCUUUUCAGCAUCUGACUGAGCUGCAGGAGUUGGAAAUCAGUGGGAACCCCUGGUUGGAACAUUUAUUUUUGGGGACUUUUUCACAGCAGAGAAACUUGACCAAACUGCUGCUUAACUUCAACAGGUUGAAAACAGUUCUUCCUGGCAUGUUUGACUCUCUUAAAGAGCUCGAAACUCUGCAUAUGAAGGGCAACCUCAUAUCGGAUCUGCCUGAAUUUCUUUUCCUGAACCUCCACAAUCUGCGGGUCCUGGAUUUGUCCAUAAAUAAGCUUGAAGAUAUAAAAAGGAAAACUUUCUCUGGUCUGGCACGACUAGAGAUCCUGAAAAUUAACAACAAUCUCAUCAGCAAUCUUACUUCUGACUUGUUCCACAAUAUGUCUCAGCUGGUAGAGCUUCACCUCGAGGGGAAUAAGAUUUCGGAGCUUGCCAACGAUAUCUUCUUUGUUUUUACCAAACUGAAGGUGCUGAACCUGCGCGGAAACCUUCUUACAACCUUCAGUGAUAAAGUUUUUGGAUUCAGCGCCCCAAAUUUAAAGGAGUUGAACCUUAAAUGCAACAGAUUGACUGAGCUGUCCUCUCUGAGCAGUUUGACGUCUCUUACCGACCUUAUCGUGUCCUCUAACCAGCUCUCUGACCUCCGUGAGGACGUUUUUAGAAAUGUUACAACCCUGGAGAAUCUGGACCUGUCUGAAAAUCAGCUCACCCUGCUGCCUGAAGGGAUCUUUCAUGAUCUAGUUAGCAUCAAGGCGAUCCACCUACACAAAAACAAUCUGAGCAAGGUGGACGCCAAACUGUUUGAGGACCAGGUGCUCAUACAGCAGCUCUACCUGUCGGACAACCAGCUGGAAAGUCUCCCAUAUGGCCUUUUUGAACCUUUUCUCAUCCAGCACACAGUGAGGCUGCAUGGGAAUCCCUGGAAAUGUGACUGCCACAUGUGGUAUCUGCACGACUGGGUGCUAAGAAACAGCCAAGAAGUGGAGAUGCUUGACAGGAUGCAAUGCUCAAGUCCCAGCUUUUUGAGAAGACGGGCGAUCAUCUCCAUCAACAAGGACCAGCUGGUGUGUGAGGUGUCUAAAUAUGAUGUGCCUGAUGUCGGCGGCUGUAGCCUACAAGCUUCCGGUGACACUGUGAUCAUGAAUUGUAAAGUGGAUAGAUGCUCUCCACUGACAGUGAAGGUUCAGUUUCAGGAGGAUAACGGCAGAAUGAUCGAGCAUUUUUUGCAAAAAGAGCCUGAAUGUAGCAAUGAGACGAUGUUUGAGAUCCCUGAAGAGUAGUUGUUCCUCUUAAUCAGACUUUGUUCUCUGUGCAAAUACGUCGUCAUGCAUUCAGUCUUUCUUCAUAAAAAGAGUGACAUAAUAUGUUUGGACUGUCACAGUCAAUACUGUAAACAAACCUCCAACGCAGCAGCUGAUAACCAGCAUACAUGCUGCUGAAUGAUAAGAGGGGUGGGUGAACCUUUUUCUUGUAAAGUUCAAAGUUCAACCCAUUACAUUUAAAUAUGACUGCUAAAAGGAACUGUGAUUAAAAUGUUUAUCAUCAGCUAA